UCUAAAGUGUCAAAACAUAGAUGUCCCGGGAAUGUGAGAUCCUCGCUGUCCCCUCCGUCAACUGUUAUGAGAACGGCAGCGGGGGGCCAGCGACACUGUUUGUUUCGUUUUCGCUUGUGGAGACUUGUAGUGAAGUUGCAGCCUGAUACUGUAAUACAGCGCUGAAUCAUGGAGGGAAACUCAAGGGAAAGCGAGCGUCUGGAGCGCGAGCGUCAGUUCUGUGAGCUGUGCGGGAAAAUGGAGAACCUGAUGAAGUGUGGACGCUGUCGCAGUUCGUUUUACUGCAGCAAAGAGCACCAGAGACAGGACUGGAAGAAGCACAAGCGGGUUUGCAAGGAGGCCGACAAACAGCAGCAGCCGGUGGGUGAAGAAGAAGAAGAGCAGCCGAGCGACACUUCAAAACAGUCGAGCACUUCUCAGAGUAACUCUACACUUACGUCACAAGACGAAAAAAUGCCAGAUUUUAUCAAGUCUGCUACAGGCUCUGACACCAAACCGACCCCGGACAGCUCAAAACCUAACGGACAGACGCGCUCCCCCCCUCAGAAACUGGCUACGGACUAUAUCGUGCCCUGCAUGAACAAGCACGGCAUCUGUGUGGUCGACAACUUCCUAGGGAACGAGGUCGGACGCAGUAUUCUGGAGGACGUGCGGGCGCUUUAUCUGACCGGCGGCUUUACGGACGGACAGCUGGUCAGUCAGAGGAGCGACUCGUCGAAGGACAUUCGCGGGGAUAAGAUCACCUGGGUGGAGGGGAAGGAGCCCGGCUGUGAGCGGAUAGCGUUUCUCAUGAGCCGCAUGGACGAUCUGAUCCGACACUGUAACGGGAAACUGGGCAACUACAGGAUCAAUGGAAGAACGAAAGCAAUGGUGGCAUGUUACCCUGGGAAUGGGACAGGAUAUGUAAGGCAUGUGGAUAACCCUAAUGGAGAUGGGAGAUGUGUCACAUGCAUAUAUUACCUGAAUAAAGACUGGGAUGCCACGGAACAUGGUGGCCUUUUGCGGAUCUUUCCAGAGGGAACAGCUCAGUUUGCAGACAUUGAACCCAAGUUUGACAGACUUUUGCUGUUCUGGUCAGACAGAAGGAACCCGCAUGAGGUCCAGCCAGCUUAUGCCACAAGGUAUGCUAUAACGGUGUGGUAUUUUGAUGCUGAUGAGCGAGCUCGAGCUAAAGAGAAAUAUUCAACAAGUUCAGGAGAAAGGGGUGUAAAAGUGGAACUAAACAAGCCAUCUGAGCCGAGCUAGUGAUCAUGGAGGACUGAAUGAAGUGGAGUGACUGCCGGGGUCAGACCUGCUGCUGAGAGAUGAUGAAAGUGAAGAAGAGGAAGACCAUCAUGAAAUCACUUCCUCUACGCUUCACCUCUCCAUCCAUCAUCUACAAUGGGGCUUCUCAUAAAGACUCGGACUGUGAUAGAGCUGCGAAAGACAGACGUGCAUUAAUACAUGCUUUGUGUUUCCUUAAUGAAGAAAGCUGGCUUACAUGAGCAUUACAUGGACAAAGCGCUAAACCUGUGUGUGUUUGCGCAUUCCCAUUCAAUACAGGUUUAUUUUUGAGCUACGACUCCUCCAGUUUCCCUCGUCAGCUUUGCACAUUCGUUAAUAAAGGUACAUUUAUGUUUGUCAAGUGCAUACUCGGAAAAAUAAGCUGUCCGUUCGGUGUUAUUCUGCUCAUAAGCCACUGUAAUGAUCAGGUUUGUGUUUAUCGUAUGGUUGUAUUUCCAGGCUCUUCUUAAUUGGAGUUUUCCGGAACGUGCUUCUUUCUUUAUCAUGGCUUGCCACCUGUUUGCGUUGUUAAUCGGGGUGCCAUGGCUGGAUUGUUUUUUGCAAGUAAAUCUGCGUUAUGUCUGUUGUUGCAGACGUCAUGUCCCUACUGUCGUAAGCCAAAAUUGACACCUAAUGUCUGUCUAACAGCUCUGAGUUUUAAUUAAAGAAGCAGUUUUCCUAAAUA